CACGGGGACCGCCCUGAUUGAUCACUUUCCUCUCCUCAAUUCCUUCUCCGAUCAGCUCGCACCCCAAUUCCCCUCGCCAUGGGCGGCGCCAACAGCCGCGAGGACCUCGACCUCACCUCCUCCUCCGGCGAGGAGGACGACGACGACGAGUACCAGGACGAGGAGUACGACCCGCGCUCCCCCGCCUCCGGGGCCAGUCAGCGGCUGCGGGCGGACGACCCGCUCCGGACCACCACCCCCGCCUCCAUCGAGUUCCUCGACGCCAAGCUCAAGGCCCUCGAUCUCAAGUACAAGAAGCCCGACAACGCCGCCAGGCUCUACCUCCACGUCGGCGGCGCCUCCGCCGACGCGCGCUGGGUGCCCGCCCUGCGCCGCGCCGUCUACUCCUUCGUCGACAAGUCCGACAGCGACCGGCCCAGGUGGGUCCUCGAGGUGGGCCCGGGCCGCCGCGUCUCGGCGCCCGUCGGGCCCGAGCUCCAGCUCAAGGCGCUCCCGGCCCAGCGCCGGGCCGACUUCGCCGCGUCGGGCUCCGUCUGGGCGCUGCGCCUCCCCGACGACGCCGCCUUCCGCCGCUUCCGGGACGAGUACGACCGCUGCCUCUUCGAGAACACCUACGGGGUCGACGCCACGGACGACGGCCGCCGGGAGGUCUUCGGGGCCGACUUCGCCGCCUGGGCGCGCCCCGCCGAGGCCGACGACGCCGUCUGGGCCGACGCCGAGGACGGCCUCACCCCUCCCCCUCCCCCCGCCACCAGGGACCUCCUCGAGGAGUUCGAGGAGGAGGCCGGCGACGGCACCGGCAUCCAGAGCCUCGCGCUCGGCGCGCUCGACAACAGCUUCCUCGUCGGCGCCGCGGGCAUCCAGGUCGUCAAGAACUUCAGCCACGGCGUGCACGGGAAGGGCGUCUCCGUCAACAUCUCCGGCGGCCGCGGUCGCACCACCACCACCACCUACUCCACGCCCAAGAAGGCCCUCCUGAUGCGCGGCGAGACCAACAUGCUGCUCAUGAGCCCCGGCGACACCCGCUCCAACGGCGUCCACCACGUCGACAUCGAGACCGGCAAGGUGGUCACCGAGUGGCGUUUCGAGAAGGACGGAACCGACAUCGCCAUGCGCGACAUCGCCAACGACAGCAAGAGCUCCCAGCUCGAGCCGUCCGGGUCGACCUUCCUGGGGCUGGACGACAACCGGCUCUGCAGGUGGGACAUGCGGGACGCCAGGGGCAGGGUGCAGACCAUCGGCACCUCCUCGGAGUCGCCGGUGCUGCACUGGUCACAGGGCCAUCAGUUCUCGCGGGGCACCAACUUCAACUGCUUUGCGAGCACCGGGGAUGGUUCGAUCGUCGUUGGUUCCAUCGAUGGCAAGAUCAGGCUCUACUCCAAGAGCUCCAUGCGGAUGGCCAAGACGGCGUUCCCCGGGCUUGGAUCGCCGAUUACGCAUGUGGAUGUUACUUAUGAUGGGAAGUGGAUUUUGGGCACCACCGACACGUACUUGAUUUUGAUCUGCACCGUCUUCAAGGACAAGGAUGGCAAAGACAAGACCGGCUUCAGUGGGCGGAUGGGAAACAGGAUCGCCGCGCCAAGGCUGCUCAAGCUCAGCCCACUGGAUUCGAUCUUGGCUGGGAACGACAACAAAUUCCAUGGUGGCCAGUUCUCAUGGGUUACAGAGAACGGCAAGCAAGAAAAGCAUUUGGUAGCGACAGUUGGCAAAUUCAGUCUCAUCUGGAACUUCCACACGGUGAAGGACAGCAACCAUCACUGCUACCGCGACCAGGAGGGGCUCAAAAGCUGUUACUGUUACAAGGUCGUCCUCAAGGAGGAAUCCAUCGUCGACAGUCGCUUCAUGCACGAAAAUUUCGCGACAAGCGACUCCCCAGAUGCUCCUCUGGUGGUCGCCACCCCGAUGAAAGUCAGCUCCUUCAGCGUUGCAGGCAGGCGCUGACCCUAGUGGUCUUAUCACUCUGUGUCGUAGUGUUAGAGGUUACACGUUUCUGUGCAGCUUUGAUUGUUUUCUUCCGUUGGUUUGUUACUGGGUUCUUUGUGUAGAGGUUUGUACUUGCUUGUUGACAGGGGAAGACCAUUGUUUCAGAAAGAAAACUUGUCUUUCUUUGAGGGCUUGGUUCAGGUCUAAUGGUGUUCGGUAAAAUUGUUGGGUUGUGUGCUUAACCGUUCGGCGAUAGACAGAAUGUUCGCCAGAUAAUAUCUUUGUGUUUUGAAGUUAUAUAAAUUUUGUUGAAUAUUA